UGAGAAGACAUAAAUUAAAGAGGAGUGCCGCCAUCGUUGCCCCACACACACCUUCCCUUUGAUUCCAUUUCUCAUUCUCACUUCCAAAACUCCUCCAUUCAUUUCUCGCAUUUCUACCUUCCAAAGCUCUUUCUCUAAGUAAAGGGUGUCUUCAUUUUUGUGCAGAUCGAGCUUUGGAAAACUUGAGGAAGCAUUUGAGUAACAACCCCUUUUCAGAUCCCUGAAGGGUUGUGUUCAUUUGUCGAAAUAAUAACAACUUGCUUGGAACAAGCAUAAUAAGCAUGGCAAGCGCGUUGCAGCUUCAGGGGGUUCAAGGGAACUACCUUUGUGUGAGUGUGAGGAGGGGCUUGCAUCAUUGCAAGCCUCAAAUUGGGUUUGCAGCAUUUGGUGCUCCUGUUUGUGCAAGAAGAGUUUGGGGCAAUAGGGUGGCAUUCAAUGUCACUACUUGCAAGGCCUCAACAACAAGUGAUGUGAUUGAGAAGAGUGUGACUGAGAAUAGGGUGGUGAGUAUUGAGGGUGAAACCAGUUUCACUUGUGUCAUGAAGUUUGGUGGCUCCUCAGUGGCUUCUGCUGAGAGGAUGAAAGAGGUGGCUACCCUUAUAUUGAGUUUUCCUGAGGAGAGGCCUAUUGUUGUUCUCUCUGCUAUGGGAAAGACAACAAACAAGCUUUUGCUGGCUGGAGAGAAAGCUGUGAGUUGUGGUGUUACUAAUGUGUCAAGUAUUGAGGAGCUUUGCUUUAUAAAAGAUCUGCAUCUAAGGACUGUGGAUCAGCUUGGUGUGGACGGAUCUGUUAUUGCAAAGCAUCUAGAAGAAUUGGAGCAACUUCUGAAGGGGAUAGCUAUGAUGAAAGAAUUGACUAAAAGGACUCAGGACUAUUUAGUCUCCUUUGGAGAAUGCAUGUCGACUAGGAUCUUUGCUGCAUAUCUUAACAAAAUAGGUGUCAAGGCACGCCAAUACGAUGCAUUUGAGAUUGGUUUUAUAACAACUGAUGACUUCACAAAUGCGGACAUUUUGGAAGCAACUUAUCCGGCAGUCGCCAAGAGAUUACAUGGUGAUUGGCUCUCUGAUCCUGCAAUUGCAAUUGUUACAGGCUUCCUUGGAAAGGCCCAGAAAUCAUGUGCAGUGACAACACUGGGUAGAGGGGGCAGUGAUUUGACAGCUACAGCAAUUGGGAAAGCACUAGGGUUACCUGAGAUCCAGGUAUGGAAGGAUGUUGAUGGUGUCCUAACCUGUGAUCCAAAUAUAUACCCAAAAGCGGAACCUGUUCCUUAUUUGACAUUUGACGAGGCUGCUGAACUAGCGUACUUUGGUGCUCAGGUUCUGCAUCCACAGUCUAUGAGACCUGCAAGAGAAAGUGAUAUUCCUGUUAGGGUUAAAAAUUCUUACAAUCCUAAAGCUCCAGGUACUCUCAUCACCAAGGCAAGAGAUAUGAGCAAGGCAGUGUUAACAAGCAUUGUUUUGAAACGUAAUGUGACCAUGUUGGAUAUAGUGAGUACUCGCAUGCUUGGUCAGUAUGGUUUCCUUGCUAAGGUGUUUUCAAUCUUUGAAGAGUUAGGCAUAUCAGUUGAUGUUGUAGCUACAAGUGAAGUCAGUGUUUCCUUGACAUUGGAUCCAUCAAAGCUAUGGAGCAGAGAGCUAAUUCAGCAGGAACUUGACCAUGUUGUAGAAGAACUCGAGAAAAUCGCUGUGGUGAAUCUCCUGCAGAAUAGAUCCAUCAUCUCUCUCAUUGGAAAUGUUCAGAGAUCAUCACUAAUAUUGGAGAAGGCUUUCCGUGUUCUUCGAACCCUUGGCAUCACGGUGCAAAUGAUCUCUCAGGGUGCAUCUAAGGUGAACAUCUCAUUGGUUGUAAAUGACAGUGAAGCGGAGCAGUGUGUGAGGGCUCUCCACUUAGCCUUCUUUGAGAGUGAGCUCUCAGAGUUAGAGAUGGAUUACAAAAAUGGUAAUGGCUCUGUUCAUGAAUUAUCUUUAGGGGACACUUGAGUGUUUCAAUUCUUUUCAUUAAGAUAUGUAUCCCAAUUUUAUAUGCUAAUGUCAAGCAAGCAUUUUUGAGUUCCUCCUAGUCUUGUGUCACUGUGAUGUACCAGAACAAUGUAUUUUACCUGAAGAUAGAUGCUGGUUGGGAGGAAUGGCAAAGCAUUAGUGUAUAACUAGUCUUGGUAGUUGGUAUUACUAGUGAGUAAACCUUUGUAUUCUUUUGUAGCUGCUUCCAAAGGGUUAAUAACCAGCUGCAAAUCAAUUAUUGUUGACUAUAUUAUUGAAAGUCAUGCUUCUGUCUCGA